AUAGAUUAAGAUUAUUUUUUUCAGUUAAGAUAACGACUCUUUAUCAGUACAUAUUGCGUUGGCUGUCCUCAUUUUUUGUCUUAUGUUACAGCAUGCUGUUCCAUUGUGAACAACCCAACAUAUUCUGAUUAACAAUUGAUGCAGACUUGCCUGCAAAUUAAACUGGUAGUAAUGACGAGACAAAGUGCCUUUUGGUUAUCAAUUAGCUUUCUGUUGGUUCUACGUGACCAUCCUUCAGUUGUCAGUUCCCAAUAUCAGACGGGGAGACAAAGAGACGGACGAGCAGAGACAGAACUUUCCCAUCUCGACAACGAUUUCGAAAAUGGAAUUCUGGACCCGUGGAUUGAAGAGUCGCUGACAAACGGUGUUCAAUGGAAAAUUGAAAACCGAAUUUCACCCUGGGAUUUGAAUAACAAAGCGCCCCCGCAACAGAAUAAUGGGAAAAGUUAUCUCAGAGUCGAUCGUGGAACCAAUUUCAAGUUUGGCGUGGCUGUUUUGCGAAGUCCGGCCUUUUCACUUCCGUCUAGUGAAAGUGACCUUUCUUUUUCUUUCUGGAUUCGUUCGAAAUGGCCACAAUACACAAAUCUCGAGUUGUACUUGGCAGAAAACGGAAACGAAAGGCUGAUGUUAAGCUUGUACAAUUAUUCGGUUGUAACCAAUCAAGCAUGGGAGACGCAAUCCAUUUCACUCACCGGCAGUUCAUCUUCUAAUACUUUUUCAUUGGUGUUUUACGCUUAUUGCGGAACCGACCCGGAAGAUGCUGUUGCUAUAGACGAUAUCCGAUUUACCUCAAACCAGUUCACAGAGAUGCAAACGACUCCGUCGGUUGCAACGACUAUGGACACGCAAUCGACUGCUACUAUACCCGAAUCCACAGCAAUGACCACCACGAUCCUUAAGACAUCAACGAUACCUUCACAACCAACCACAACGACCACUACAUCUACCAGCACCGUAACUAUCGUGACUACCGUUACCACCGAAGUCCCAACGACAACAAUAUCUGCAUCCUUCACGUGUCCAGACACUUCUGAAAAGAAAUAUCCAGAUCCGGAAAACCCUUGCAACGGGAAAUAUUAUCAGUGUUCCGAGGGCAUAGCAACACUCACGGAUUGCCAAGCAAAUCUUAUCUUUAAUAGCAAUGCGCAACUGUGUAUUCCCUGCAGCCUGGUACUCGCAUGUGCCGCGGAAUGCGACGAAUAAAUUGGAGACCAGUGUUUGGAGUGGUAGUGACCUGGAUUGACGAGGCUGAAAGAAAAGGUGGCUGAUGGUUAAUACUAAAUAAACCCUUGCACAAAAAAUUGGAUAUCGAAGUCGGUAUGUACGCCAUAACUCAUAACUAUAAUUCACGGAUCAGGUAAAGACAAUAAACAAUUGUAAAAAUUCCUAAACCUUUUGAAACUGUAAGUGCCGACUUAGGACGUCAUUCAUUAUCUUUAUAUUGUUAUCACGACAUCAUCCAACGUAAUUGUCACGCCCGGUGGAGCUUAAGCUCAGUCUCAGUUGCGAUAACGAUUCAUUGCAUCGUGCCGUCUACACUGCGUGAUUCAUUUAUCUAUUUUCAUAACACCGUCCAGCAAGUUCUGGAUUCGGCCAAAGUUACAAAAUUGUGAAUCGCAACAGAGUGAUGAUGAGGCACAGUAGUUCACUUUUAAUUUCAAUUGGCAUCCUCUUGGGCCUUUUUGGCCGGUCAUCAGUUAUUGGCAAUUCUCAGGCGUGCGCCGUUAAAGGCGAAGGAAAGGGAUUCGCUUAUCUUUCAUCCGGUCUAGACAAUAAUUUUGAAAGCGGAGAACUGCAGCCGUGGAUUGAAGAAUCAACGACGAGUGUCAAAUGGAAAAUCGAGGAUUAUUUUUCACCCUGGGAGACGAGUAAUGCAUCACCUCAACCGCUCAACGGUCAAACUUAUCUACGCGUUCAUCGUGGACCUUCUCUAUCAUUUGGAAUAGCCGUUUUGCGGAGUCCAACCUUUACACUAUUGCCAAACGAGAAUUCCGUUUUCUCUUUUUCAUUCUGGAUUCGUUCGAAAUGGCCCCAAUUCACCAAUCUCGAGUUAUACUUGGCAGAAAACGGAAACGAAAAACUGCUUUCAAGUCUUUACAAUUAUUCGGACAUCACCAAUCUAGAGUGGCGGACACAUUCGGUGACAUUGAUUGGUGAUUCAUCGUCUACAUUAUCGUUGGCAUUUUACGCGUAUUGCGGGACAAAUGUCGAAGACGCUGUUGCUAUCGAUGAUAUCGCACUCACCUUGUCGCAACAGUCGACAACAAUUUCAUUUAGUGUGACAGACUUCACAACAGAAGAGAUAACAACUACCGUGAUCCCAAACACAGACACACCCACCACAACACCUCCCGAAAUUACUUUCACCAGCAGUACGUCAACUACCACGACUCCUACCACGACUCCUACCACGACUCCUACCACGACUCCUACCACGACUCCUACCACGACUCCUACCACGACUCCUACAACGACUCCUAUCACGAAUCCUAUCACGACUCCUACCACGACUCCUACCACGACUCUUACCACGACUCCUAUCACGACUCCUACCUCGACUCCUACCUCGACUCCUACCUCGACUCCUACCUCGACUCCUACCUCGACUCCUACCUCGACUCCUACCUCGACUCCUACCUCGACUCCUACCACGGCUCCUACAACGACUCUAUUUACCACAAUUUCAUCUACAGAAAGCCCAACAUCACCAACAACAAUGACGUAUGAUACAACGACGAUAGCUAAUUUUUUCACUUGCCCAGAUAAUAUCGACUUUAAAUAUCCGGACCCGAAUAAUCCGUGCAGCAGGAAAUAUUAUCACUGUGAAAACUGUGUGGCGACGGAGCAAGAAUGUCCUCAAAAGCAGAUAUUCUAUAAUCAGACGCAAUCGUGCCGCCCCUGCGUGCAGGUACCCUCAUGUGAUGACGAAUGCAGAAAUUGAUUUCGAACCUGCUUGCUGUCGUUUAUUUAAGUAACAGUGAAAAUUCGUAUCACUCAUUUUAAUUGCCUGUUGUUGAAUGCCUCCCUAAUUACCGUUUGACUUCGAUAUUAUUUAACCAAUGCAUGUAAUUAUAGCUUUUCUGUCUUUUUCCAUUGAAAUAAUCGUUAUAACCGGGACAAUUGACAAAAUUUGUUAAGAGUUGUUAAUGCCAAAAAAACACGAUCGAAAGGGAAAGUAGUCUAUUCUGUUGUCAAGACAAUAAUACGUUUGUUGUGACAUCUCGUUAAAACCACAAAGGACUUUAUGUACUAUCUGACUCUUGGUACCUAUUGAAAUUGAUAUUUGGACAUCCUAUUGUGUUGAAUCGUUUCCGAUUAAUAAAAAAACUUCAUUAUUCUUUUAAAACACUUUAUGCAUAGAGCUCAUUGUUUAUACCUAUUCUAGGCAUUGAAUUCGGGGAAGUAAAAGCCUAAAAGGGAAAACAACUGGCGUUGAGAAUGACCAUCGAAGUGUGAAAACCGUUUGCAAAGCGGACUAUAUUUAAACACAUCCGCACAGUUCAGACAUCCAUCAGUCUCUUGCUUGACACCACUGCAGAUUUAGUUUCAAACAAAAUGAAUACUUCAAUGGUUUUCCUAUUUUUCGUCUUAUGCCUGGUUGGAGUAGCAAUGGCUGGAGUCACCCGCUACGGUUUCGCUAACGCCGGCUUCCAGCCUGGUGGAGGCAUUGCAAGUUCUGGUCACGGUGGCUACGGACGCGGCUACAAUACAUUCGGAACGAACGUCUAUUACGGAGGUGGAGUUGGAGGAGCCUUUGGAGGCUCUAGCCACUAUGGGCGCUAGAAAUAAUGUUUUCUUCCAACCGACCAAGAAUGAGACGAGAAUUAAGUUAAGACCAUUUGUUUCGUGAACACGACGUCAAGGAAAAUUUCAGAAUAAUUUAAGUGUUUCCAAAGAAUUUAUUACCCAUGACAAUACACGGAAAAAUCCCAUA